CAGCAGUCUGAGCCACGAGACCCCCAAAGAGAGAGUGACCACGGCCCCUCUGAAUCCAGCGCAGUCAGGGGACGAGCUUCACAAGCCAGAGUUGGAAGGGAUGGUCCCCUCCGCACCUCAAGACUCCGCGGCCGCGUCCAUGCUGCUUCAGCUUCCGGAGGAACCCGGCACCGGGCAUGCCUUCCCCCCGACGAGGAAGCCGCCUUCGCUCAAGCAGGUGAACUUGACCAGGAGGCAGCUGAGGCCGAAAGCCACCACCGCAGCAGCUGUGCAGAGGGCGGCGUCCCAGCCAGCAUCCUCGGACCUGGUCCUCCUCUCCUCUGCCACGGAGAAGCUCCGCCCACCUGGGGACCAGGACCCCGUGGCCUCCGCAGGGGAGGAGACCCACCCACUGUUGCUGUCAUCGGAGGAACCCCUCUGGCUGGAGCAGAAGGAAGGUGCAGUCCCCACGACGCCCGCGCCCCUACAGAUCGCCCCCUUCACCUCGCAGCCGCUGGUGGCCCACACGCUCCCCCAGAGCCCCGACCCCGGGGCGCCCGCCGUGCCUGAGGAGGCCCACGAGGCUCCCCCAGGGGAUGCCAGCCCCAUGACCCUGAUGGACAAAUGUGAGAACGAGCUGACCGGGUCGGCCUCGGAGGAAAGCCAGGAGACCACGACGUCCACCAUCAUUACCACCACGGUUAUCACCACUGAGCAGGCCCCAGCUCUCUGCAGUGUGAGUUUCUCCGAUCCUGAAGGGUACAUCGACUCCAGUGAUUACCCACCGCUGCCCCUCAACAACUUCCUGGAGUGCACGUACAACGUGACAGUCUACACUGGCUAUGGGGUGGAGCUCCAGGUGAAGAGUGUGAACCUGUCCGAGGGGGAGCUGCUUUCCAUCCGUGGGGUGGACGGCCCCUCCCUGACCAUUCUGGCCAACCACACCCUCCUGGUAGAGGGGCAGGUGAUCCGAAGCCCCACCAACACCAUCUCCGUCUACUUCCGGACCUUCCAGGACGAUGGCCUUGGGACCUUCCAGCUGCACUACCAGGCCUUCAUGCUGAGCUGCAAUUUUCCCCGCCGGCCUGACUACGGGGAUGUCAUGGUGAUGGACCUGCACUCAGGUGGGGUAGCCCACUUCCACUGCCACCUGGGUUACGAGCUCCAGGGUGCCAAGACGCUGACGUGCAUCAAUGCCUCCAAGCCCCACUGGAGCAGCCAGGAACCCAUCUGCUCAGCCCCUUGUGGAGGGGCGGUGCACAACGCCACCAUCGGCCGCGUCCUGUCCCCAAGUCACUCUGGAAAUACCAAUGGGAGCCAGUUCUGUGUGUGGACAAUUGAAGCUCCAGAGGGCCAGAAGCUGCAUCUGCACUUUGAGAAGCUGUCACUGCAUGAGAAGGACAGGAUGAUGGUCUACAGUGGGCUGACCAACAAAUCCACUCUUCUCUACGACUCCCUCCAAACCGAGAAUGUCCCCUUUGAGGGCCUGCUGAGUGAUGGCCACACCAUCUGCAUCGAAUUCACGUCUGACCAGGGGCGGGUGGCCUCAGCCUUCAACAUCCGGUUCGAGGCCUUUGAGAAAGGCCACUGCUAUGAGCCCUACAUUCAGAAUGGGAACUUCACCACGUCUGACCCGACCUAUAACAUCGGGACCAUAGUGGAGUUUACCUGCGACCCCGGCCACUCCCUGGAGCAGGGCCCGGCCAUCAUUGAGUGUAUCAACGUGCGGGACCCAUACUGGAACGACACGGAGCCCCUGUGCAGAGCCAUGUGUGGUGGGGAGCUCUCUGCCGUGGCCGGGGUGGUGCUGUCCCCAAACUGGCCAGAGCCCUACGUGGAAGGUGAAGAUUGUGUCUGGAAGAUCCACGUAGGGGAGGAGAAACGGAUCUUCUUAGAUAUCCAAUUCCUGAACCUAAGCAACAGCGACAUCCUGACCAUCUACGACGGUGAUGAGGUCAUGCCCCACAUCUUGGGGCAGUACCUUGGAAACAGCGGACCCCAGAAGCUGUACUCGUCCACGCCGGACCUAACCAUCCAGUUCCACUCAGACCCUGCCGGGCUCAUCUUUGGGAAGGGCCAGGGAUUCAUCAUGAACUACGUAGAGGUGUCAAGGAACGACUCCUGCUCAGAUUUGCCCGAGAUCCAGAAUGGUUGGAAAACCACUUCUCACACGGAGCUCGUGAGGGGAGCCAGAAUCACCUACCAGUGUGACCCCGGCUAUGACAUCGUGGGGAGCGACACCCUCACCUGCCAGUGGGACCUCAGCUGGAGCAGCGAUCCCCCAUUUUGUGAGAAAAUUAUGUACUGCACCGAUCCCGGGGAAGUAGACCACUCGACCCGCUUGAUUUCGGACCCCGUGCUGCUGGUGGGCACCACCAUCCAGUACACCUGCAACACGGGCUUCGUGCUGGAAGGGAGCUCCCUCCUGACCUGCUACAGCCGUGAAACCGGCACGCCCAUCUGGACCUCUCGCCUGCCCCACUGUGUUUCGGAGGAGUCCCUGGCAUGUGACAACCCAGGGUUACCUGAAAAUGGGUACCAAAUCCUGUACAAACGACUCUACCUGCCAGGAGAGUCCCUCACCUUCAUGUGCUAUGAGGGCUUCGAGCUCAUGGGCGAAGUGACCAUUCGAUGCAUCCUGGGACAGCCAUCCCACUGGAAUGGGCCACUGCCCGUCUGUAAAGUUAAUCAAGACAGCUUCGAACACGCUUUAGAAGGUGAGUCCCACGAAGAAAAAAAUCCCAUAAACCGAGCUAAUGGCAGAAAGCAAGGGAAGGUCCUUGGAGAUCCUUAUCGAGGCGUUAACAGAAAGUUAAGCAGAAGUGCUGCCUUCACACUGCUGAGGAUAAUUUCAAAACAAAUGACAUUGUAAAGAAAAAAAAAAUCAUUGAAUUUGUAACUUAUAGUCCUAACUAUGACCUAAAAGAGAUUUGACGCCCGUUCUGUUCAUGAUGACGAGGUAAAAACAUCUGGGAGUUCACGUGCCUGAGAAACACAUACCCUCUUGUAAAACUUUGCAGCCAUGUGGUGCUAUUUGGGGGAGCUAAAUCCAGAGAUGCCUCACCCUUCAUGCUGAGCAAGCUCCUAGUUUUGGGAGGGAAAGGUCUUCCCCAGGGGAUGCUCUGUGGUCUGUUUUCCCCUCCGUCUUUUUCUUCCCCAAAAUAGCUGUCCCUGGAUCCCCCUUGUUUUCUGUUCUUGUUAGAAAUUACCAAGUGAGAUUUAUUAAUGUGGAACAGAUGCUAAAAGUGAUCCAGGAUUUUGUUUUAUCUUCCCUUUUCAAUGCAUCCCACACGUAAAACGUUCUGCAUUCUGUAUAACCUUCGUUCAGUUUGGUACAAAACCACUCACUGGGCUGUCGUGUCAGGAAAAAAAUAACAUAUUUUGUUUAAAAAAAAAGUUUUAACCAAUUGGACAGUUUUUUAAAUUACUUUUGGAGCCACUUAUCUUUCUGACAAUAAAUUGUUCACUCAGAAUCUGGGGCAGUGGAAAUUACAUGUCAUUAGUUGCUCUCUUCUGCAACAGAUGACAUUUUAAUCCAAGCAGACAGAGCUGGAGCUCAAAUACAUGUGUAGGCUGUGGGGAGCAUGUAUCGGUCACUCCGCUAGAAGAAGAAGGGCAUUUGUGGUGUUAGGCUCUAUGCAGGCCCUUCCUUCGCUGUCUUGCACCGGCCAAUGGACCAUGAGAACAUCUCAAAGGCCUGGGUUGCUCAGCGGGUGUGAUGCCAUCGUAAGGUUCUGGGCUCACACAUUUAUCAUGGGUAUUAAGACUGAUUUUUCAGACCCAAGGAGUGGUGGCUAACGGAUUGCAGAUUUGCUUAACGCCGAGCUCUGUUAGACGUGGCUGUGGAGAACGGCAGAGUGUGUCCAGAAGGGAUGUGGAGUCUGCCUUCAAGCCUUUCUCGGAAAACGCCCCCUUCCCCGCCUCCACCUCCACAAUAAUCAUCAUAGUUCUUGUGAUUUCCUCUAACCACUGGGAGGUAGCGGGAGGCCCCAGGUGAGGCCGAGAGGGUUGCCUGAGAGUGUGCAGCCGUGGCCUCUGAGGGUGAAAACUGUGUCUUCAUGGUUAGGGUGUCAUGGGGUGUGCAGUUGGGGUGCCAUGAGGUGUGCAGGUACCGAGCACUGACCCAGCUGCUCAGCACCCUCUGCUGGAGGGUCUGAUUGAGCAGGUCUGGGAGGGACCUGCCAGUCUAGACACAACUCUGUCUUCUCCAUGGACUGUCAAGCAGAUCUGCCUUUCCAGUUAGCACGUUGGGGAUUUUCUCCAGGUCUUCCCUGGAAUUGGAUUUUAACCAGAUUUCAACUGAUGACCACCCCAUCCAAGAAUAGGUCUGGGGCUCUGUUGCCAAGAACCAGCACCAUUUCCUUUACUCUUUGCCUCUUCUCCCUUCUGGAGAUGGUUCUCCAGUGGCUGGCCCUGUGACAUUAGGUCUUG